AAGCGUUUGAGCAAAAUAGAAAGGUAAAACGUCAAAUCAUACACGCGGAGACAAAACAUUGCUCAUCUACGAGGACGUAUGAUUUUGCUAAGAUUUUCAUUCUAAAAAUCCGUGUAAUUCGUGUAUUAGGCCAUGAAUUCCAGAAUUGAAGAUUUCAUAUCAAUCCCGCUAAAAUAUGAAAAUCAGGACUCCGCUUGUCAUCAGGUACUGGUCAAGGAAAACAUUUCCAAGGUUAUUCACAAAUCGAAACCGGCCGGUCGAACGUUGUACGUGUUGAAUGUCCCACCGUAUGCAACGUCGGAAUCCAUGAAAACAGCUUUCGCCAUAACAGGGCCAGUGGUCAACGUUAUCCUACAAGGAAAACCUGCCGAGGAACAUGAAGUUUGGAACGAGCAGUCAGAAAACCGAUUCAAGAUCGCCUACGUGGUGUACGAAAAUCCAUCAUCGAUGAAGAAACUGCUUCGAAUGCGAAAGCUCGACUCGCUGAAUGCGGACGGUCAACUGCUGACGGGCAUCGACAAGUGGACCAAGGCUUACCAAGAGCGAAUCCCCGACCCGGUCGGUAUGCAGCGGGAGAUCGAUGCAUUCAUGGCUAGUUACGAUCGUCAGGUUGCCCAGGAAAAGAACCAACAGGAGGCGGAACCGGAUGACGAAGGUUGGGUCACGGUGACCAAGUCGACCGCCAAUACGUUUGUCCAGAGGGAGGCAACUGUCAGCAAGUUGGAGGACAAGCUCAGCAAGGAUCGGGUGCAGAAAGAGCUGAAGAACUUUUACACGUUCCAAAUCCGUGAGUCUAAAAAGAGCGAUAUUGUCAGUCUAAGGAAAAAGUAUGAUCGCGAUGUACAGAAAAUGCAACAGAUUAAGAAAACCAAGCGGUUUAAGCCUUAUUGAAUGCUGAAUAAAACUUAGAUAUUAGAAAAUAUA